AACCAUAACACCGGAAGUUUAACGUAACGGUCAAGCGGAACGAAAGACAACAACGUUUGAAGCAUAAAAUGUGCGGGGUAAGAGUUUUUGCGAUUAAAGUUAUUUAACUCAUACAUAUUUUGUUUGGGUUUUUUUAAUGUACGAACAGUUUCUCAACUCUAAAUAUCCUUUCGGAAAUUGAGACUAUUUCUGUGCUUGUUGUGUUAGCAUUAUGCUAACGAGUGAGCCAGACCUCUGAUACUCUCUCUGUCUUUACAGGAUUUAUCACAUAAAUAAUCAUGAAUAUGGGAUAAAGUUUAAGGUUUUCACUGCCUGGAUGCUCGAAUGAACAACAUUUAUUGACAGAAACACUCGGUUUCUAAACAUUAGCGCCAUGAAUCCUCCAAAUCCGUUUGGGAGUCCACAGGGUGGAGCUUUCCAGGCUCCAAACAACACCGUGAGGACCGGUUUGUUUCAGUCUUUUGGUGCCCAAAACUCCGCUAAUCAGCCCCAAAAUAUGAGCUUUUUCCCUUCAUCAUCUGCAUUUGGACAGCCGCCUGUCUCAAACCAGCCUGUGAGUCAUGGAAACCCCCUCUUUGGUCAGGGUCCUGCCUUUGGACAGUCUUCACCACAGUCCUCAUCUCUGGCCACCAUGAGCCAGACUCCAGCCUUUGGACAACCAUCUCUGGGAAUGAGCAGCUCAGGUUUUGGGGGUACCACAGCACCAGCUUUUGGACAAACUAGUGGACCGAGCCAGAGUUCAGUGUUUGGACAGGCACCUGCGUUUGGACAGUCUUCUGCGUUCGGUCAGGCUCCUGGAUUUAAUCAGCAGCCACCCAGCUUUGGUCAACAGUCUUCAGGGUUUGGAAACACCCAGGCGUCCUCAGGCUCCACUACAACCUUGGGGCAACCUCAACCAUCGAAUUUUGGACAGUCUCUGUUUGGACAGCCAUCAUCUACCAGCGCCACCACCACUGUUUUCGGCUCUGCGCAGAGUGUGACCCAGAGCAGAGGCUUUGGAUCAACUGAAUUCAGUUUCAAGCCUGCUAAUGAGGCGGUCUUCAAACCCAUCUUUAGUGCGAGCCCUGAGCCCGCCAACCCUCAAACUACUUCCAUGUCCAGCUCCCCGUUUGGCAACACUGGGUCCCAGACAAGCUCCAUCACCACAAGUGCUACCAGCACCACCUCUGCAGGCUUCUCUCUGUUGUCUGGAGCCAAGUCUGGGCCGCUCGGUUUCAGCUUCUCACAGCCAGCUGCAGCCCCGUCUAUCUCUGCUCAAAGCAAUCCACCAACAGCUAGCAGUACCGGUGCUUCUGCCGGCACCUUGCAGUUCACUUUCUCUCAGCCAGCUGCCCCCUCGAGCUCCAGCACUAAGACGACAACCACCCAGCCAACAACUCCUUCAUCUUUUAGCUUCUCGGCCAAAACCGUCCAGGCUCAGGACGCACCGCUUUUUGGUCAGUCAUCAGCUUUUGGUGACAACAAGGCCAAGGCAGAGAGCAGUACAGAGGAGAAGGGGAGCAACCUUGAGUCUCUAGGGGAGACAAAUGUAUUUGCAAGAUUAGGCAAAGGCACCAAACGCAAGGAAGAUCCAGCUGUACCUAUCGUUGGCCAGGAAAAGUCCACCACAGAGGCAGAUGCUCCAGGAGAAGCCGAUUCACCAAGACACCCUUCGAAGAGGCCCCUAAUGAGAUCUAGAGGUCCAGCAGGUGGAAUAUUUGGCAGGGCUAUGAGUGGCAUUCGUAAAGAUGUUGUUAACCCAGUGAGGCGAGAGGCUGUGAAGGAGACAGAGAAGGAAGGUGUCCAAGCUCAGGGGGAGGACUUACAAGCUGCACCCCCAACAAGAAGCAGGGAUGUUGUGGAAAAAGUAGAAAAAGCUGAACGGUCCGGUAAGACGAACAAAUCCAAUUUUUUUUACUUACUUUGAAUUUGAGAUUUAAAAAAAUAGAUUUAGUCAGAAGUACAGAAACUCUCAUCUUUCUGAAUUCAAAGACUGGAUUGAAUUCACCUUUAAUCUGCUGUUUCAUGCCAGGCUCACCAGGAAGCUCAGACCCGCAUCCAGAGACCACAACCCCUGUGAAACGUGGCGUACGCAGGGAGAGCUCAGAGAGCCUGAGCGGCACGUCUCCCACCGACUGCACUGCCAUCGUGUGCAAAAACCUUCCUCUAACUCUGAACAAGGGGAACAUCCUGAAGAAGCACUUUGGUCAUUUUGGAAAAGUCUGGAAGGUCUACUGCCAGACCAACAAGAACUCAGCCAUCAUUCACUUUAACGACCAUGUGAGUCUUACCCUUCAUUUUCUUCCCUUCUUUACCUCAUAUAAGAGAUCUGUCGUUUACUCAAGUAACUUUCAUGUGUUGCUUAAAGUCUUUGUCUGCAUCUUUGUGUUGCUAUAAACUCAUUUCUCUCUCUGUCACUGGUGACUGUCGUCUCUUUCAGGCGUCCGCAGCGAAGGCAAAGAAGAAAGGCAAAGUCCUGCAGGGACAGGAGCUCUUCCUCUUUUGGAGGAGAAAGAACCAGAGUAAAUGAAACACAUUUUCUAUCAGACCUUUUAUGCUUUUUAAAAAAAAACAAUAUUAGGAUUACUUCAGGACCUGUGUGAUGAUCAAAAAUAUUGCUGUUGAUUGACCUCAUUUUUUUCGCUAUGUAUGGACGUAAAAAUCUCUGAGUCUUAGUUAAUUACUUCUUCUGUGUUUGUCUACAGAAGAUCCAGCGGACAAAGGAAGCAGACCUGCAGCAGGAAAGGAGGAGGAGGCAGAGGUGGAAAGUCAGGAGGAAACUACGUCUAAGGUUACUUCAUUUUCGUUCGGAAGACCUGAAUUCAGACCUCAAGCAGUCAGCAGCUCGGCUUCACUCAGCCGCGGGUAACAGAUGCUUUUUAUUCAUCACUGACUUUAAAAUAUUAUUGCUAUCGAAAAUAUGUAAACCGUUGGACACCCUCUGAAUGCUUUACGUUUUCAUGACAGCUCUCCGGUGAAGAAGUCGUCCUUAGCAAAGUCGCUGCAGUUUGACGCCGAACCACCAAAAGAGAGCAGCACAGAGGCUUCGAGUGCAGAGCGCCCGGUCCCCUCGUCCCUCCUCCACCUCAUCGGCCAGGUGGCUGACACCGCCGAGGACAAGUACCGCUUCUUGGAGCAGAGAGACAAGAUCCUCCGUCAAGGUUAAGCCGCCUCUCAGACUGGUGUCAAUCUGCUUUAACCAACACCUCCAAACAUGAGAGACACUUUUAACUGUGAGUGUUUUACAUCCGAACAGGUCGGCCCAAGAGGACAGACCUGGUCCUGUCCAAGGUGUUUGUGGGGACGUGUCCUGACAUGUGUCCAGAGAAGGAGCGGUACAUGAGGGAGACACGGAAACAGCUGAGCUUAUUUGAGGUCACCCCUGACACUGAAACGGUAAUAAUGCGUUCACGCUGAAGGAUACAGGAUACUAUUGUGUUUGACUGUAUAGCUGCAUUUGUAGGAUACUGGUAUGAGGAUGGUAUCUUGGUCUUUCUUAGGUGGAUCACAAAGCAGCCAUCAAGGAGUACAGUCGAUCAUCAGCCGACCAGGAGGAGCCCCUGCCUCAUGAGUUGCGCCCUCUGCCCAUACUGAGCAUGACUAUGGAUUAUCUGGUGACUCAGAUCAUGGAUCAGGGAGAGGACAACUACAGAGAGUGGUACGACUUUGUCUGGAACAGGACCAGGGGGAUCCGUAAGGUAAUUAUUGGAGGAGCUGAGGAGUGUCCACGUUGUUGAUUUGAUUGUCUCGCAUGAGUUGAAUCUACCUGCUGGAUUAAGAACGACUGUACAAACAUAUUUCAUUGUUUUAAUUCCCUAAAUAUUGCGCUACAUUUCAUUUUAAGAGCUGCUGAAGUUUGACUGUAAGUUCACUUUUGUAAAAAUCUCCUCUGAUCCACGCCCACAGGACAUCACCCAGCAGCACCUCUGCUGCCCCGACACCGUGUCGCUGAUUGAAAAGUGCACGCGCUUCCACGUGCACUGCGCUCACCACCUCUGCGAGGAGCACAUGUCGUCUUUCGACGCAAAGAUCAACAACGAGAACAUGACCAAGUGUCUUCAGAGCCUCAAAGAAAUGUACCAGGACUUGGCCGCCGACCAGGUCUACUGCACCAGAGAGGCGGAGUUUCGUCAGUACAACGUGCUGCUCAAACUCAACGACGGUGACAUCCUACGGUCGGUCAACUUAAACACACAUGAUUCAAUAUGUUGGUUAAAAUACUGUCACAUGUUUAAGGUGUGAAUGUUGUUUUCUUGUCCUUGCAGUGAAGUUCAGCAGUUUCGAGACGAGGUGCGUAGGUCCCCCGAGGUGAAGUUUGCCGUGCAGGCGUUCACCGCCGUCAACAGCAACAACUUUGUGCGCUUCUUCAAGCUGGUAAAAGGUGCUUCAUACCUCGCCAGCUGUCUCCUACACAGAUACUUCAACCAGGUUAGUAACUGAUGAAAAACCCUCUUAAUAGAGCAUGAUGUGUUCUCAAACAUGUUAAAAACACGGACAGCUGUUGUAACUAAACUACUGUGUGAACAAUAUGUGGAAAUAUGAUCCAACAGAGCAGGUCAAGACUGAAAUGUUGGUGUUUGUGUUUGUGUGCAGGUCAGAACGAAGGCCUUGAAGACCUUGAACAUGGCGCACACCAUCGGUCCACGCUCGACUGCGUUCCCAGUCGACGACGUGGUGCGAAUGUUGAUGUUUCAGAACGCCGAAGAGGCGACUGACUUCAUCCAGCAGUACGGCCUCAACGUCCUCGAUGGGUGAGUAACUGCUGGUAGUCUGAUCGAUACAAACCUGAGAACAUUUAGUUGAUGAAGAAGAAGAAGAAUUUCUGACUGGAGAUGAUUUUUUUUCUUCUCUGUUAUAAAUGUUCAAACCGCUUCGUUCACAGUAUGGUGGAGCUGAGCCGCACGUCCUAUCAGGAGCCAGACCUGCCUCUGUCCCAGAAGAAGUCGGAGGUCAUCCUGGCGAAGAAAAACGUGCUGAUUGGAGAGGUGGUGAACGGAGGCCCCCUCCCGAGUCCUCCUCUGCACACCCCCGUCCUCAGCUUCGACUCCAAUAACAAGUAUCGUGGUGAGGGCCCCCAGGCUGAGCCCGCUACCAGCCAGUUUAGAGGUACUGGGUCCAUUUCUCUAAGUUCUGGGUUUUAUUCUCUCAGUGCAGAACCAGAACCGUCCUCUCUUUAUCUCCUCAGCUCUCGCUCCAGCGUUGGAAGUUAAAACUCCUCCCAGCGUAGAGUUAGUGACACAGAUCACGCCGGCUCAGGGUUCGGACCUGCCCUCUGCGUUUGGGUUACCUCCUGCUGUUACAGAUGAGACUGGAGAGCAGAACCAACCUUACCACAGCCCGGCACGACCAGCAGACACUCAGCAGCUUUUCCAGCCAAUAGCUCAACCUCAGCCUGUCAAACCUCCAUCACCUCCACCCAAACCGAAGCCUGUGUACAACAAUGAGGUGAGCAACAUCUCCUUUUACCCUGAUCUGUGUUUUUAUCGCUGUCUGAAGAACUAUGAGAAUAACCGUACCAUCCUCAAACUGGACCAACCACAGAUGAGUCUAGAAGAAGCAGAAGUUCAUCAGUUUUAAUGUUUGAUCACAUUUUAUGAAACACAUAACUUAAAAAGAAGUCAAAAGCGUUGACUAACUGAACUUUUCUCCAAGCUCUCACUCGACAGUCACUGAGCAGCUCUUGUUCUCCUCUCUCAGGACAUCAUGGCCGUGCUGGACUGCGUGAUUGAAGAGGUGGUUGCAGCAGGAGCGAGGGAGGUUGCCGACGCCGGUGCCAGCUAUGCCACAACAGCUCUUGUGUAAGAUCCAAGCCUCACCUUCAUUUCAUGAGAGUAUCCCCGAGUUUAUUUCAUGUUCCCCUUUUUUUCCUUUUUCCUUUUUUUUGCACACCUGAGUUAUGAAGUUCACAGAAACAGGACAGUGGCAGGAGUUAGCAUGAACGAAAGCAAACUCUGGCAGUCCUUUCACCUCCUCUUCUUUUGCAGGGAGAGCAGUGUGCAGGUGGAGUCUCUGGUGGGUGAGGUGAUGGAGCAGAUGCUGCAGGAGAUGUCCUCCGCAGAGAUCAAGCAGGAGGAGGAGCACGUGGCCGAAGAGAAACGAAAGCUUGAAGAAGCCAGGUUAGUCUGGAUUAUUUUGCUUGAACAUUUUUAUAAUCCAGAUUUAAUAACAGACAAACGACUCACCAACCAAACUCACUUCUUGUUUCUUUUUCUUUGUCUUGUUGUAGGAGGAGACAUGAGCACGAGGCCUUCCUGCUUCAGUACAGCUCCUCUCUCUGCACAGAGCUCAUCCAUGAAGUCCUGGAUGAGACCAUCAAGGAGACCUCCUCCUCUGAGAUCCAGUAAGACUCUCAAACUCAACCCCAAGUCUAGUCUGGUCUAAUAUGAAUAACCCAGGGAGUCAAAGUUCUUUAUAAUAGAGUGGUCUUAAAGAGUUUCACUGACUUCAGAUGUUCUUCUUGUUUUCAGACAAGCAGUGAACGAGAAAGCAGACCGUGUGGCUAAAUGCACCGAGGAGGUCUGCAGCAGUCUGGUGGAGGAGACUUUGAGUGCAGACAUUUCUCUGUUGGUGGAAGACAUCCUGGAGGUCGAGCUGCAGCGCAUCCACAAAUACAUCAAGAGGUGAGAAAAGUAAAACAGGAAAGUCUGAGAAUUAUCAUGUUUACUCUGUUUACGUGUCCUCUUUAGAUUUAACCUUUUCUUCUCCAAAGGUGGCGAGACGUGGUGGCGGUUCGUCGUCAGCUGAAGAGACAGAUGCGGGGUUUCCCUGCCGCUCCCUGCUUUGUGGACCCUCAGUUCAAACUCAAGGCUCUGGCCCCCAGUGCCCCUGCAAAGCCCUCUAUGGCCGAUCUGGUCCGCGGUGUCGUCAACCUGGGCAACGCCGGCACCCUGGCUAUCUCCAGCACCAGGUAUCUCCAUCUUUGUCACGGUUCGAUCUGAGUGAACAUGAAGAUUUAUUCAAGAUAGGAUCGAGUAUCAAACAUGUCUGUCUGUAUUUUCUGCAGGUUGUUGAAAACGAGGCAAGAAGCGAUCCACCAGAUGAGAGUCCACUACUUCUACCAGCUGCUGCAGGAGUAAGACACCACAGUCUGUUUUCAUGAGACGGUGUUUCAUCUCAAAGGAAGAACAAAGUUUUGAUGCUGUUUUUUUUCCCACUCAGUGAGGCAGUUUGGGCGCCACUCGACCUGCCAGCCCUGGUGACACAAAACAUCCCAAACCCACCAGAACGCAUCUUCUGGAAAGCCGUUCUCCUCCUGCCGAGUGAUCACGAGAGUGUCGCCAGCGAGGCCGACAGGUGAGCAGCGUUAACGUUUUAUCAAUCAUCCUCUCCUUUUGGAAAGAGUGAGUCAUCUUCUGUCUGUCGUCCACAGGAUCCUGUCAGAUUGGCUGGAGGUGAAGCUCAGCGGAGGGAAGAUGUCAGAGACCGGCGAGGAGCAGCCAGGCGACGCCCUGCAGACCCUCUGUGUCAUGAACACACUCCAGGAUCACGACCAACAAACGCACAAAGUCCACAUCAGCGUCAAGGUGGGAUCACGCUGCAGCCUCUAGAGAUGUUUGCUGUCAGUAUCAUGAAAAGACGAAUCUGACGUUAUCACUCUGUCCUCCAGGCGUCUCGAGGUCCUCUGAGCGAAGACUGUCUCUCCAAAGUGGAGGAGUGCUGCGAGCUGCACGGGGCAGGAGCUCUGAUCACGCUGCUCCCCGCCAUCCCCGUCAUGGACCCCGGUCAGGACGAGCAGGAUGUCCCUCUGCUGUCUGCUCUGCUGCAGCUCAAACAGCUUCAGCAGGUCAGCACAUGGCACUGCCCGCUGCCUCUGGUCAUACUGGUGCCUGGACCCGACAGAGGCGACGGACACACUCAGAAACUGGAGGAAGGUAAAGAAAGCUGCGGUUUAGAUAUCUGAGUUUUAAAGUUUUAAAGUUUGGUGUAUAAACGUAAAAUCUCUGUUUGUCCCUCAGCCCUGAUGCUUCACACGCUCGUAGAAGAAGGCGUGAUCUCAGAGUACACGUUCAUCUUCAUACCAGAGACCACCAGUGACCUUCAGGGAUCCAGACAGGUACCUUUACAUUUCCAUGCAGUGACACUUACACCUCAGAAAACCCCGUCGUCUCUGUCAAACAUUUAAAACUUUUACAAACAAGCGAAGAAUCCAGAGUUCAUAUUUGAGCUUCAUUCUGGUCUCUACUCUCUCCGCUCGCUCUCCUCUGAAUUAUUUUAUCUCAGCACUUCAAAUAGAUUCAGAUAAAACAUUCAGAGAGUAAAGAGAGACACUUCUCUCUGGUCCUCAGUGAUCAUGGUUAAUAGAUCAAUAAAUCUGUGAAGGGCUGUGGGAAGUCUGCUCUUCAUUUACUGUUUAGAAGUUGUCAAAUAUUUCUCAUAUGAACUCUCUCUGACCUCCUUCCUCUGACCUCCUUCUGUCCUCAGCUCAGCCGUGCCGUCCGUUGGCUGCUGGCUCGAGCCCCCCCACUCUUCCCCCUCUCCUGUCAGUCCCUGGUGCAGCUCGUCGAGGCCAGCCUGAGUCGGGAGUUCGGUCCCAGAGUUUUCGCCCAGCGGCAGGAGCGAGCCGCCGCGCACCUCCCCCCUCAGGAACCUGCGCCGGUCAUCCAGCUGUACAACGCCGUCCUGGCUCACGUCGCAGACAGAGUGUCGUCUCAGGAGCUCAGCAGGCUAUCGUGGCCGCCAUGUGAGUUCUGCCUGCCGGAAAACAGAGACUUCGUGCCUCAUCUGUGCUGGAACUCUGCACCGCACCUCAGCUGGCUGCGUGACGCCAUCCUCAGCCUGCAGCUGCCGCAGUGGGAGACGCCGUCUGCUGCAGGUCAGUGACACAGACGUCAGGGAGUGAAUGAACAGGAGACCCGGUUGGGAAGUCAAACAUAGCUGGUUCUGAAGGAGGGUAUAAUAACAAACAGCAGGCUGGUUAAAAAUAAUCAUGAACCUCUUCUCACUCUUUAAUCGUCUCUUCUUCUCUCUCCAGAUUCCUGGUCUGAGAUCUGCUCCUCCAUCUUCCUCUACACUGCUCAGGUUCCCGUCUCCCCCCGCAGUCAGCCCCUCCUGAUGUCCCGCCUGGAGAACCUUCUGGAAAGGGUCAGGCUGAAGGGUCACCAAACCCCUGGAUCCAUUAAUAUCCCCUGGGACGACGUGCUGGUGAUUUGCAUCGACCACAAACUGAAGGACUGGCACUUUCCCAGACCGCCAGUCUGUGAGGGUGAGGACUCUGCGGGUCAAACUGACACUGAUCUGGACUACAGACGGUGUUCGGCUUUAAAAUGUAAAUGUUUGUUUUGUUUUCUUGUUGUAGAUGCAGUAACAGAGCACGGAGAGGUCCUGGUUUACUUCCAAACAGAGUCUUUGAACCGUUUCCAACCUCCUGAAGAGUGGACCCAGGCGGUCCGACGAACCCACAGAGAGAAACACCAGGAGAGGGAGGAGUAAGAAAAACCUUAAAUUAGUAGAAAUGAUUAACUCAGUUCAGUUUGCAGUUUUAAUUCUUCAGUCAAGCAGCGUCUUCUCUAAUGUAGCAAAGCAGAUAUCUUAGGAGUAAAUGAGUUUAUUUUAAGGACAUUUUUAUGAGAAAGCGUAGAAAAUAUAAAAUAAAACCAAAACCAGACAAGUGUUGAGAUGAGAUAGUCAAGUCAGUCUUUACAGAUGUCUAGACUGAUCUUCUUAAACUAGUUUCUCAUCGAGUUUCAUACCGACGCCUCUUAACUCAUCUUCAAACUCGGGGGAAUUCCUCCUGAACUAGAAACACAAAUCUACAUCACACUGUUCACUUUCAAAGUGACGUUCAGUACUAAGAGAUGAGGUCGGACUUGUCAUCUCUGGAGGUGUUUGUGGUUUUCAGACCUUUUAAAAAACUUAGUCAUAUUAAAACUCUUUCUUACGUUUUCUCUUCGUCUCCAGAGCGAGCGCAGCCGCCUACUCUCCCCCCUCCAGUCUGUCUCUGAGGAAGAAUUUGUUCCACAGUUUUCCGGGCCCUCGGGAGGACUCGAUGACCCCGCUGGACAUCACACACACCCCGUCAUCACAGGAGCUGAAGGUCCACAGAUUCCGGAAGAGCUUAAAGGAGGAGACGGCAGAGAGCAAAAGGUACAGACAGAACUUAAAGACGUUUAGUCGCAUCAGAAGUUCAUGAUUGAACCUUUAAAGGAAACAGAAAAAGCAGAAAAAGAGAAGUUUGUCUCUGAUCAAUCAUGAAUGAAAGGACUGGAACCUAUUUUAGUUUCAUAGUUUAAGGUCAUCUGUGACAAACAGCCGGUCAGUGGUCUCCUAAAAUAAGUGUUGAGGAUGUGAUGGUGAGGAGACUUCCCAGAGUUUGUAGAGACUCAGCUGAGUUUAAUUUAGCCGGGAAAUGUUGCUGAGUUUGGCUGCAGCUGCUCACGUGCCGUGCAUCCUGUUACAUGUGGAGACUGUCAGCAAGAGAGGACUUAACUUACAUCAGUCCAGGAACUUUUAUGUCUGUAAUCGAAUCAAAACUUUAACUCUGUCCACAGAAGUAUGGAGCAGCUUCAGCGUUGGCUGGAUGGAGACCCUGUGGAACAAUUAUCCACACCGCUCUUCAUCCCGUCUUCCACCCUGCUGACCAUGCCCACCAUAAGACACCUGUCCACAUCCAGAACUCAAGACUCCACACCCACACAGGUAACCCACAGCCCACUCAGUGCACCUGUUGUCUUCGUGAAGUUGAAAACUGGAGUUACUGUCUGUAACUUUCUCUGCAUAAAAAUGAAGAUACAAGAAAAUGAAUUCUACGUGAUUCUGAAGUGAUCACCCUGAUGUGAUUUUAUUUACUCAGCUGCAGACGACAGUAAUUCAUAAUCAAUAAUAUCUAAAUGCUGUGACCUAGAAUUCCAGCAAUCAUAAGUUUUUAUCAUUUUGCUCCUCCAGCAGCCAGAGCCUGAGGAUGACGAUGAUGAUGAUCUGUCGGAGAGAGCAGACUGGCCUAAAACCCCGCCCGUAUCGUUGACAUGGCGGCUGAGGGAAUUACAGCGCCAGAUUUCGGCGGGCAAAGAGGAAGAGCUGGCCUGCAGUCUGACGCUGAACGGCCUGCUGAGCAUCGUGGACGACUGAGGGACUGCUGGAGGAAGUUCAUUAACUCAAACUGCUUUGUGGUUUUUCGUUUGUAUCAUAGAGACUAAUUUAAAUUUUAUAUCAGUUUUGUUUCAGUGAAUUCUGAAUGUGUGUUGGAGAAAGUUCAGUGCCUAACAUCAUGUCAUAAACAUGAGACAUGAACUCCUGAUCUCUGUAAAUGCUGCUCCUCUCGUCUCUCUGAAGCCUUUUUCAUAUUGACCUGAUAUUUAUCCUCUCUCGGUGUUAAUAUUUCUGCUGUGCUGCAGUCUGAGGAGGUCACAGAGAUGUCAAAGUGUGUCUCAGUCUGUGUGAAGCACCGGUAUGACAGUUCUGCAGGAUGGUUUUGCAGUAUAAAAAGGGUUUUAAUCAUACUUAAUAAUUUGUUUUAUAUUUUUGUAAAAGCAGCUCUGAGUCUUCUGUGUUGAACCAAUUUUUCUACUGCUCAUCUAUGAAAUCGUGUCACAACCAAACUUUAAAUAAAAGUUAUUUUUCAUAAUAAGAAACCUUCUCAUUUGUCUUCAGGGUUUCCAAACUUUUCAGUCUUUAGGUGCCAGAUUUGUGACCCCCGCUGUCACAUCAGCGCACAAACAGACCGAUCUAAAGUGAACAUUACAACAACAACCAUGUUAUGAUUUAAAGGAACAGCAGACAUGUCUCUGUUUUUGUUUAUUUGAGUUUAUUUAGUAAAAUAUUGCCUCAAAUACAGAACACAACAAAACUUGCACAUUAGAGAUUGUUAUUGUCUGACAGCAAAGUUUGCUUUAGUUAUGACCUCUUCUUUAUAGUGUUUGUUUUUUCUUUAUCUUUUUUAACCCUAAAGCAAAAGUUUGAGAUUAGGUUAUCUUUACCUCGAACAGCUGGUGGUUUUAAAGCAAACACACAUUUGACACCAACCUUCUGAUUACAAACAACAUGGAGGCCGUAAGAAGUGCAGAUAGCAAAGGAGUGACUCAUCCAGUUUGCAUCUUUGGUCCAUCAUGAAGUCGGCGACUGUCCCUGAAUUCUUAGACUGACUCUUUUUGAUGCAUGCAGUAAAAAAAAAAAAAAAGUGCAGAGAUUAAAUUAUUAAACAUGAAGCAUAAACUGGGGCUGAGAAAACAGGAGAAAUGAAACAGUGACCGAUGAGAAACUCACACUUUUGGAAAAUUUCAGCAAAACUUCACACCUUAUAGUGGAUCAACUUUUAGUUACAGCUACAUCUAUGAUAAAUUAUCUAUAUUCAGGACAUAGACUUAUUAUUUUUUACUAAACACAGGAGAAAAUACACGUUACAUUCUUCAUUUUUGCUUUGGAUUAGAUCUGUGUGGAAAUACAUUCAGAGACACAUCUCUGGAGUAAAGGGAAUUAUUGCACAAGUCCAGGGCUGCUGUCAUACAUUUUCUUUGUGCUGUUGGAUUAUUCUGGAGAGGGAAAAUUAAGAUAUAAACUCAGCUGAUAGGGGACAAUGUUCAUAUACACUGUUUCUCUUGGUUUUAAGUGACAUAUUUAUCUGAUAGAUUGACUGAAUUACGGUCCCUGACAUGAGAUUGGAAAUCAUUUGUGGGAAAAAUGUUUUUUAUGGAGGUGAAAAUAAACCAGAUUUGAAAAUGCCAAAUCUGUUAUGCACUUCAUACUCUAUAGAGUGAAUUUUGGCGCCCCCUGUGGACUUUCUUUGCAGUUAUUUUAAAUUAUAUACUUUAUUUAUGGUUUAUUAUGCUGCUCUUUAAUGGAUAACUAUGCAAAAGCAAAAAGGCCUUUACCAAAUACGGGCGACCGGGUCAGUUGUCCUGGACCCGGGGUCUGAGGGGCUGAAGUGGACCCUCUGCUAACCCUGACUCUGUUUUUCUAAUUUACCUUAAAGGUGGGGUAGGCAGGAUCUCAAGAAGUUCCAGUUUUUAGGAGAAAUCUUGAAUGUAAACUCUACCCCUCCAAACCAGUUUUCCCCUCAGCUCCUCCUCUCCCCUCCCUCUCUGCUCCAGCAAGCCCCGCCCACAAACAGACGCUCCUGCUCGCUCGUAUCGUUCCAAUUAAAUUAGAUCAUUACAAAUGGGGCCCAGUCAAGGUGAAAGUCAAAAGCAUUGGUGCUACAUUAGACGCCAACAGACUACCAGCAAACACAAUGUUUGCAGGACUUCUACAACUAGGAUAAAGUGGCAUAGUCCAGGACCCGAGGGAGGACAGUUUAGCGAUGGCGCUACAACACGCUACAGCAGGUCCGUUUGACAAGAAACACUUCUGUUACAGACACUUGUCUUACUUUGUUAAAGCGGUUUACCUGUCCAGCAGAAAGGUUACAGGGUCUCUGGCAGGGGUGGGCAAUCAAGUGCCAUGGAGGGCCGAGAGGCUGCAGGUUUUCUUUCCAACCCAAAACUCCACCAGGUGAUUUCACUGAUUUACCUCCAAUCAGAGAGCAAGGACCAAUCAGUGAAAUCACCUGGUGGAGUGAUGAUUGCCCACCCCUGGUCCGCUAUUUACUUCGUUUUCUUGCUUGUGUUGGCAGUCGUGGCCAAAGGAGGAUUCAGACAAUUUUCCGAACUUUCUGGUUGGUUUCUACUGUCCGAUAUUGUAGCACGCUAACUUUGUUUGGGUUCCUGAACGACACGGGGGAGCAGCGUCUGCCUCACAACCAAUCAGGUCAGGGGAGGCGGGGAAUGGCUUUGUUUACAGUCAGAAUGAGCGGAGCGCUCAAAAUGUUAAAAUGUUGACUACACAGACAUAACAGAACACAGUGAUACCACAAUAUUCCCAAAUGUCAUCAAUAACUGAUAACUAUUGACUGAUAUUAAAAGCUUUUUGUAAAUACACCACAAAAAAAGUUGUUUCUUUAACAGAUUCCUGCCUACCCCACCUUUAACAUAGUGGUCAAAAACAUUUUUAUUAUUGGGUUGGCCUUUUACACCCUGUAAAUUCUUUAGGAUUAACUUGAUCAUCGUAUCAAUUUAGUAUUCAAGGGUACAAUAUUUAAAAACCUUCAAACUGGUGACCACUUUUACAUGUUUUAUCAUGUUCUGUCCUGUAAUCCAGCCCUCUGCUGGAAUAGGAUGAUUUUAACUUUUUGGAUGAAUCCGACUAAAAAGUCUGGAUAUCAUAUUUUAUAAUUAAAAUUAAAUAACCCGACUGUAUCCAGUUUCUUUACUUAUUUUUGAGCGGCACUGUUCGAAAGUCUGAGAAAACUGGGUUUGAUUACUGGGCCCUGCAUGCUGAACAUUUCCAACAUUAUAUUUUUAACAAAACCUGUAAAUAAAAAUGUAACUAUGAUGACAGAAACCAAAGGAAACGGCUCGCAUUUGUCCCGAAGCAUCAGCUAGCACAAUAUAGACGAGUUUCACGCUCUAAAAAGUCUCUGUGAAUAAAUACAAUCUGCUUCUGUUGCAAAUAUUUCCACUGAAAAAUACAUUUGGAGUACAAUCUGUCAAAAACUUUUCCCACCUGAAAAGUGAAGCUUUGUAAAACCUGCUUGAAGACCUCGCAAGCAAAGUUUGAGAACAGAUGCGUGAGCGUGGAGGUCGCACAGGCGUUAAACUGCAGCAGAGCCUGUGAGAGUAUACACAUCUACACAAUCAGAGACACAUUAUAAAGUUUAUAGCAUAAUGUCCACGCACCUCACUGACGCACUAAACUAACAGAAGUUUCCAUUAUGCGAAUAUAACCAGGCAGAGGAUAACAUAAAAACUGUGACGUAACUAAACUAGCACACUUGGAUACGGUCUACAUCCUGGAUACCACCAUGUGACACACAGUCCCCACAGAUUACAUGAUUUUUUUACUGUAAACAUGUAUUACAGAUAGCAUAUAGAGUAUAAUUUCUUUGAAGGGUAUUGAUAAGGUGCUCACUCAAACGUACAACAGAGGAGGAGUACAGCGAUGAAGCGGAGCGGUGAUGUACAGCGACAAAGCAAAGCAACAGCAGGCAGUAAAAUCCCCCCAACAUUUCAGACAGUUUGGUC